UACAGCUGCCCGUGUUGUGUCUCCUUCUAGGUAAGCCGGUGAUGAUCAUAACGGAGUUCAUGGAGAACGGAUCACUGGACACUUUCCUCAAGAAACACGACGGGCAGUUCACCGUCAUCCAGCUGGUGGGCAUGCUGCGUGGCAUCGCCUCGGGCAUGAAGUACCUGUCGGACAUGAGCUACGUUCACAGAGACCUCGCCGCACGCAACAUCCUGGUCAACAGCAACCUGGUGUGCAAGGUGUCGGACUUUGGCCUCAGCCGGGUUCUGGAGGACGACCCCGAGGCUGCGUACACAACCAGGGGAGGAAAGAUUCCAAUCAGGUGGACGGCUCCGGAGGCCAUCGCCUACAGGAAGUUCACCUCCGCCAGCGACGUGUGGAGCUACGGCAUCGUCAUGUGGGAAGUCAUCUCCUACGGCGAGAGGCCCUACUGGGAGAUGUCCAACCAGGAUGUGAUCAAAGCCAUAGACGAGGGCUACCGCCUGCCGGCGCCCAUGGACUGUCCCGUGGUGCUGCACCAGCUCAUGCUGGACUGCUGGGAGAAGGGACGCAGCGAGAGGCCCAAGUUCGGCCAGAUCGUCACCAUCCUGGACAAGCUCAUCAGGAACCCUGCCAGCCUCCGAGAGCUGGCCAACAGCCCGGCGGGAGAGGAGCCCACCUCUCCAGACUUCAGCGUGACUACAGUGGACGAGUGGUUGGAAGCCAUCAAGAUGGGACAAUAUAAGGAGAACUUUUCCACUUCUGGAUACGUCAGCUUGGACUCCAUCCUCUACAUCAGUGUCAGUGAAUUGUCCAAAAUGGGGGUGACACUGGCGGGCCACCAGAAGAAGAUCUUGUCGGGCGUGCAGAGCCUGCAGACCCAGGGCACCCAGGUCCAAGUAUAACAGUCCAGGUCCGAGUACAACAGUCCGGCCAAGGCGGUGGUGUCGACAAAUGGACCGAUGGAUGCUCUGAGCUCGGACCCUCCCCGGGGGACAACAAGGACACCAGAAUCCUUCUCGUCCUCGCACCGCUCUUCCCCACCCUGACGGACACCACCGGCUCCGGAGUCCCGCCAGCAAAACCACCAAAAGACGACCGGAGGACUGACAAAAGCAAACCCUAAUUCCAUGACUGUCUGUGAGGUCUGAGCUCGGCCGUGUUGUCUUCUCGUUUCCCGAGUCCACCUUGGGGGAGGUACCUGUGUAGAUAUAUGUUCAUAGGGGCGGUGUCCCCAAGCCGGAGAGACGGACCUAAUGUUUGUAUUGCUCGGGUGCUUUCUGGGCCGGGUUUCUACCUUCAGUAUCAGCGCUUUCUCCGUGAGACGCAGAUGACCCAGCCCAGAGUUGGAAAGAAUGUUGGGGUGUGAGAGAACUGGACCUAAAGGCGGCUUUUAUUGUGAAGGACACGGGUUUCUUCCUGACUUAGGAAAGUCAUUUUUCUUCCAUAACAGAAGCCUUUCCUCCUUAAAGAUAGCAAUAUUAUUUAGUAGGGGUGUAAAGAUUGAUCGAUACCAGGGUUGUACGGUCCACUCGUACUAGUAGGAAUCAAAAAUGGUUCUAUCCUCUGUUUGAAAAGUACCGAUUCCCCUGCAUUUAUUUUUUAACGGGCUUGACGGCGCGUUUUACGAGCAGAGGAGCAUGUAUGGCAGCGCAAACACACAGAGUACUUGCAAGCAGACACAGUUUGUAGACAGAAAAGGGAGAUCGGACGCAUUUUUGGUGUAAAAAGUAAAAAUGGCGUCGCCCGGAUGUUCUUCGGCGUGGAGGGGCUCUUGGUAAAGAUGGAACAUUUGGCAAAAAUACCGGACAAUUCUGCAAAUUUCAUGGCUGACUUACAGCGUGGUCACUCCGGGAUCACUUACGACCGCCAGACAAUUCUGGAUGUGGAUAAAGGAGAAGUUCUUACACUGAAACAGCCUCAGGAAGAUCUGCUUUAACACACGCUAGCAAAUAAAGUACCUUUUUGUCCAAGUAGCAUUAUCACUGCAGGAUGAGGAAUAGCUAAACAUGCUUCAAUUGAAGAAAGUGACGUAUCGAGUAUUUAUUACACAGUCACAAAAAGUGACUGAAUUGAUUUCGACUCACUGAAUCAUUUCGGAUCGCGUCCUUCGGAAAAUUGUCAUCCCGGAAUCGCAGAUUCUGAAUGGAACCGUUGUUAGAACCAAUCCUUGCACCCCUAUUAGUAUUUAAGUAGGUGGACAGCGGAACGUUUGUCCAAACAAUCUUUAUUUAAAGCUAUUAUUUGAAACAAAGGGUCGGUUCGACGGGGCUGAAGUCCCAAGUCACCGAUUGGUUUUGAAGUGAAAAGUAGCGGGAAUGUCUUGAAGUAAAGUCUCAAUGAUUGUAUCAUAGUGUCAAAUAUGUACAGUGUUGAUUUGUAACAAUACUUUUAUUAUCAUGGGAAAGAGAUUUGGGAGAAAGUCAGCGAGGAGGAAAAGAGUUUGAGUGUGAAGAAGAAAAUAGGAGAUGGCAGUUUUGAACUCAGAAGGAGUAGAACGGGCUUCAGCUGGUUGACAAGAUUUCUGUCGGCUGUUUAGCCUCCACAAAGCAGUUCUUACACCACGUGCUUCAUUUGAAUGUAAUACACAAAUUAUUAAUUAAAUUGUAAAAUAAUGCAAUCAUGAAAACUUUCCGUCCUUCCAUCUUCUUCCGCUUAUCUAAGGUGGAGCUGCGGGGGCAGCAGCCCAAGCAGAGCCGCCCAGACUUCCUGCUUUCCAGCUACUUCCGCCAGCUCCUCCACGCAUCGUUAAACAAUUGGCAUUAGUUUUGCCUCAAAUAAAAUGACGACGCAUUUAAGUCAUUUAUUUAUUCAAUUAAUGUUGUCCCAUUUGGCUCGCCGUACUCUGCAGGUUCAUGCAACAAUGAAAUCAACCCCGAAGUAAUGGAAUAAUUUGUGAAAUUAAUUCAAUCAAUAUUUAAACGGCAAAAUAUUGAUAUAAAUAACUAAAUAAAGUAGUCGCACAUUUAAGUAAUUAUUAUAUGGUAAUGUAUUGAUUUAUUUUUCCCAUUCGACCCUCCAUAAACUACUAGUAAA